CCCCGCUCCCGACCCGGAGCGCUCCGCCUAGCCUAGCUCCUCCUCCGGCGGCUUAACUUGGACCCUCUGCCAGGGUCGUAAUUCCAACGACCACAACUUCGGGCAGACUCCGGGUUGCAAGCGAGCGAAGACAGCGACAUGGCGGCGGCGGCCAAGGGGCAGAACCUUUCCGUGGUGGUUCACGGACCCGGCGACCUCCGCUUGGAGAACUAUCCUAUCCCAGAACCAGGCCCAAACGAGGUGCUGUUGAAGAUGCAUUCGGUUGGGAUCUGCGGUUCUGACGUCCACUACUGGCAGCACGGUCGGAUUGGGGAUUUUGUUGUGAGGAAGCCGAUGGUGCUGGGACAUGAAGCUUCAGGAACGGUUGUCAAAGUGGGAUCAUUAGUGACGCACCUAAAGCCAGGUGAUCGUGUUGCCAUCGAGCCUGGUGCCCCCCGAGAUAAUGACGAAUAUUGCAAGAUUGGCCGCUACAACCUGUCGCCCACCAUCUUCUUCUGUGCCACGCCCCCCGAUGACGGGAACCUCUGCCGCUUCUACAAGCACAACGCGAACUUCUGUUACAAGCUCCCUGACGGUGUCACCUUUGAGGAAGGGGCCCUGAUUGAACCACUGUCUGUGGGGAUCCAUGCUUGCCGGCGAGGCGGAGUCACCCUGGGAAACAACGUCCUUGUGUGUGGAGCUGGACCAAUUGGACUGGUCACAUUGCUGGUGGCCAAGGCGAUGGGAGCGGCUCGGGUGGUGGUGACCGAUCUGUCUGCUUCCCGGCUGUCCCUGGCCAAGGAAAUCGGGGCGGAUUGUCUCCUCCAGAUCUCCAAGGAGAGCCCGCAGGAAGUGGCCAAGAAAGUGGAAGGCCUGCUGGGGUGCCAGCCAGAUGUGACCAUCGAGUGCACUGGGGCUGAGCCCUCCAUCCAGGCGGGCAUCUAUAGUACACGCUCUGGCGGGACCCUGGUGCUUGUGGGGCUGGGCUCUGAAAUGGCCACCAUACCCCUGGUGCACGCCGCUGUGCGGGAAGUGGAUAUCAAGGGCGUGUUCCGAUACUGCAACACGUGGCCAAUAGCAAUUUCCAUGCUUGCAUCCAAGUCUGUGAACGUCAAGCCCUUAGUUACUCAUAGGUUUCCUCUGGAGAAAGCGCUGGAGGCCUUCGAAACAUCCAGAAAGGGAUUGGGAGUCAAAGUCAUGCUCAAGUGUGACCCCGAUGACCAGAAUCCCUGAUGUCUGUCCUCGUCCCCACCCUCUCGGUGUCUCAGGGCUGAAUGGCUGGGCAGGGGUGGGCUCUGACACAGAGGUGUCCUGUGAAUGGGAAGAAUAAAACCAGAAUUCAUGAUGA